AUGUUGCAUCCGAAACUGGGUCGCGUGAUGAACUUGGUCUAUUACAACUGCUUGUUCUUUGCCCUAAUGGGAACUACUUUAAGGCUGCGCUCCUACGGGAAAAUCAUUCGCUUGGAGAAAGUUGCGUGGAGUUACCUGAUUUACAGUGCAUUUAUUGGCGUCGGACUGUUCGUGAGCAUUUACCUUAUAUUGCCUGAGGCUUUGGUAGACGGCUAUAUAAAAUACAACAUUGUACUGCAGUGGAACUUUUUUGCGAUGGUUACUCUGCGAGUUUUGGGUGUCCUCAGCUGCUAUGGAACCAUGUGGCUAAAGCGGCACGAAAUCAUUCAGCUCUACAAGGAUUCGCUGAUUUAUUGGAAGAGGUUCAGAAACAUUAUGAAGUCCACAGUGAAUAGGAAAGAGCUCAAAGAGUUACAACUUUCGCUGGCCAGGAUAAUGUGGCGACAGGUAAUGGUCCUCUAUGUCGGAUUUAUGUUCUCCUCCGUGGUGCAGUUCCAAUUGCUAAGUGUGAUCAGCCAACACACUUUACUAGCUCUUAGUGCAAGACUCACGCACUUUCUGCAAUUCAUAGCGAUUAAAAUGGGUUUCUAUGCCUUGCUCGUACUUCUGGAUCAUCAGUUCAAGGUAAUCCAUCUGGCUUUAAACGCUCUUCAUGAGGACAAAAGCGGAAAGAAUUGGAAAACCCUUCGCUCCAUAGCUAAUAUGCACAUGGAAACCAUUCAGUUGGCCAGGAGAAUUUUUAGCCUUUUUGAUAUUGCCAAUGCCACCGUGUUUAUUAACAUGUUCAUGACCACACUGAAUAUCUUCUAUCAUGCUGUUCAAUUCAGCAAUAAAACCAUCAAAUCAGAUGGUUGGGGCCUUAUAUUUGGCAAUGGGUUGAUUGUUUGUAACAUCUGUGGAUCCAUGAUGCUGAUAAAUAUGCUGGAUGACGUGAUUAGCUCCUGCAAUAACACUGGUCAGCAGCUGAAGCAGUUUAGCGAUCUUCCAAAAGUGAGCAAAAAGUUGCAAAGGGAGUUGGAUGCUUUUAGCGUGCAAAUAAAAGGCAAUUAUUUGACCUACAAAAUCUGCGGACUUGUGGAGCUAGACAAACCAGCUGGCCUUCGUUUUUUUGAGUCCGUUCUGAGUCACGUCAUUAUCCUUAUGCAGUUUGAUUUAAGGCGGCAACAACAGCCGAACAAAAUCCAGGUGUAA